AACCGUUUAUAAGUGACAGAUGGACGCUUGAUAUCAAGUUAAUUGUGCUGCUGAUACUUAUUGUUCAAAAAUUUAUGAUUGAAAUCACCAAGUCGUGAAAAAAAAAACAUCAACUUGAGGAGUAGUAUUACAUAGUUAAAGAUGUCACUGAAAAUAUUCAAUCAUCGUUAUAGCUUCAUUUCUAAUAGCAAUACGUUCUACAGUACAGAAGAUGAAGCACAUUUACAUUGUCUACUCAAGGAUACGAUUAACAAUAGUCAAACCGAAGAUUUUGUUGAUGAGGUUCAAGAUCUCCCACUUAUGCUAAGCAACUUGCAUCAGAUUAUAAGCAAAUGUGAUCCAAAGUCAGGACCUUUUGGAAAAUCGGUGGAAUUGAUGGAAAAAAUAAUACUCUCAUUGAAAGAUGAUCAAGAUAUUUUGAAAAUGUUGCCCAUUCUACCAGUAUUGACUGAUGUUCUCUUGAGAUCAUCUUCUCGAAUCGACUAUAUACUCAAAUUAAUUCAGGAUGUUUCAUUUGGAAUCGUAAUCAAAACAUGUCAACCGUUCAUUGAGCGUCUCAUUCGUUUCUGCGUUAAAUUGCUUUGUGAUGAAACAAUUGAAUAUGAUGAUAAGUUGCGGAAUGUGUCAUUGUCAGUCUUAAUAAACUUGUGCAGUAAGAGUUCCAUAUCGGUUGGUAUAUUGGAGCAGCAAAUCAAUUUGAUCGAUUUACAGAAAAGAAUUCCACUUGAAACGUAUGGCAUACUGACGUGCAAAAUGAACCUAAUUUUGAAUGAAUGUGGAAAUAUUCUUCGCGAUUCGGAUGUGCGCAACUUCCUAAAAUUCACAACGAAAGAACUACAUCGGAUUCCAUCUUUGGACGAACAAUCAUUGAAGCAUUUAAUUGAAUUCAUUCGGGACAUUUCACAGAGAGCUAGUACAAAACAAGUGCUCCAAGGAUACGAUUUCUGUUCUGGAAUACAGGCUGCAAUAAUGAUUUUAGAAAAUAAUACCGAUAACAACCACACUAUUCAUAUUAAUUCAUUAUUUGAAAUUAUCAAAAUUGUGACAACUUCCAAAAAUGAUUCACUGAAAAAUUUGGUCAUUUCUAUGAUAAGUUUUGGCAUAAAACGAAUCCAAUCCCCAGAGUACCGUGUUCAAGCAUUGGAAACAUUGGCAACGAUUUUCAAUAAUGAUCCGAAAAUCAGUACAAGCAACUUUGAAAUGGAGGAAAUGCAAGAGACUCUAAACGCAAUACUUUAUAGCAAUGAGCGACAUCCCACAAUUAUGGCACCAUUGUUUAAACUACUCAACGUUUUGGCACGAAACUUCAAAGUAAAUUUGUUGACAAGCAAAACUGUAGACUCUAUUUUUGCUCCAUUGCUCAGAUUAGAAAGUUCAAACUAUUUCAAAUUGCCCAUUGGUGAAAUAACCAUGUAUUUAGAGUGUUUGUCAACAUUAUCCGUUUUGUUGGAAAAUAAUCUUCUCGAUUCUUCAAAGCCACAUGUAUUCCAAGUCAAAAAUAUUCAAUUUUUAGUUGCGAUGGCUAUCAAACAUGGAAAUAGUGAUCAAUGCUGUCUGGCAUUAUCUUUGAUGGAACGUUUUUCGAAACGCGAAAUUUCUGAGAUCAUUUCGGCUAAAGUUAGUGACGGAAGAACAAAUGAUCCACAUAUAUUUUUACAAAAUAAUAAACACUCUGCUGGAGUUGGGAUGGACUUCAGCAAUGAACUUGGUAGUGAAAGAAUAAAGAACGUGUUCUUCAAUAUUGAAAAAGCGUGUUUGAGUGAAAAGAUUGAAGUACCAUCAUCUGACUUUAUAGAAUUGUAUACAAACGAAAUUGCAAUGCUGAAACAACAAAUUAAAAUAUUGACACAAAAAUAUGAAGAUGUUUCAAAUGAGGUAAAUUUGGUAAAGGGAUAUAAUCUACAGUUAGAGAUAACAUCAAUGAAAUGGUCGGAACUUGCUCAAAAUCUUCAAAAAUCGAAUGAAAUGCUCCUAACUGAUAAUGAAAAGCUGAAAACAGUAGUGAAUUCAUUACGAUCACAAUUGAAAUCAUCUUUGGGCGAAAAUGAAGAGGCUAUACGAAAACUUGCACAAGAAAAAACAGUAGCGUCUAGAAAGAACAAGGAAAUGGAACAAAAACUACAAUCGCUUGAAGAUGAGUUAAAAGAUACAGAAGACAUGCGUCAAACUAUACUCUCGUUAAUGUCCAAGCGAAAGAAGCCAAGCACCAAGGAAACAUAACGCUGUAUAUUUUAAUAUAUUGUUUAUAGCAAAGUUUAGAUCUUUGCACAAUAAAAUCUCAUAUUAAAAAUAAAACAUUUACAUCGUCAAGAACAGAUACAUCGUCAUUUACAUUUAAGCAAUUCAUAUAUUUUAUUGUGACAUUAAAAUUUCUUUACUGAAA